CAGAAAGGAGCCGACAUUGGAGACCGAUGCUGCCCGCCGCCUUGUUGAGUUGGGGGCUCGGUGAAGUGUUAGCGACCCGCCGAUGGAAGUUACGGGGACUUUCACUGACCUCUCUCGGAUGAAAAACUAACAGAAGAUUGUACUGUAAAUGUAUCGACAUCAGAGAACUCAGUAUGAAGAAGUCAGUGCGGCCGGCGGUGAGUAAGGUGAGCGGCGAUCGAGGGAAGGCUGAGGCCGCGGCCACGGCUGGCACCGGAAAGCCUGCAGCCAAAACCAGCAACACAGCAUCACUGUCCAAGGUGAAAAGCAAUGAUGAUCUCUUAGCAGCAAUGGCUGGAGGGAAUCCUCAGUCAAGUAAUGCUGUCGCCAAGACCAAGAGAACUGCCUCUGUCGGGAUUAGUGCUAACAACCAAGACAGCAAGUCAAAGACAACAUCAGGUACAGCAUCCAAGCGUACCACAUCUUCAACUUCGAAGGAGACAAAUUCAUCACGAGACCGUCUUCGGACAUCCAGAACAUCAGCCACUAAGAAGCAGUCGGUAUCAGGGACUGUAGCGGGGGAUUUGGCGUCUGGGAAGCGCUCUCGCAGCCAGAUUCUUACAGAGUCUGAGGGCCGCAUGAGCAAGUCUAAAUCAGACGGCCAGAUCAGUGAUAAGGUAGCUUUGGAGUCUAAAGUUAAAGACUUAUUGGGUUUGGCUAAAAGCAAAGAAGUGGAAAUCCUACACCUGCGUAGUGAACUGAGGGACAUGAGGGCCCAGCUUGGUUUUGGAGGGAAAGAAGAGCCACCGCAGGAAGAAGCUAGUGAGGAAGAGAAGCCCCACGUCUCAGCCAUCACAGCAGCUGAUGUGGAGUCCACUCUGAUUCUUCUACAAGAGCAGAACCAGGCCAUCAGAGAGGAGCUCAACCUGCUGAAGAGUGAGAACCGCAUGCUGAAAGACCGACUCAAUGCACUGGGCUUCUCUCUGGAGCAGAGGCUGGACAGUUCUGACAAACUGUUUAAUUACGCCUCGCUGAGCCCAGACCUGGCAGCAGGCAGUGGGCAGAGUGAUGGUGGAGGCACAGGUACGCUGACCUCCUCAGUGGAAGGCUCCGCCCCGGGCUCUUUGGAGGAUCUGCUCACGGGACACCAACAUGGAGGCUCGGCGGACAACCUCGACAGUGAAUCGAGUGAGGUCUACCAGGCCGUCACCUCCAGCGACGACGCUCUGGAUGCGCCCUCUGGAGCCUCCUCGUCAUCUGAGUCUGAGUGUGCCCCCAGCAGGGAGUGCUCACGGAGGGGCAGCAGUGGUACUACUGCCAGUGAGGUGUCUGUGGCCUGUCUGACUGAGCGAAUCCACCAGAUGGAAGAGAACCAGCACAGCACUGCUGAGGAGCUCCAGGCCACGCUACAGGAGCUGUCCGACCUGCAGCAAAUCACCCAGGAGCUAAACGGGGAGAACGAGCGGCUCGGCGAGGAGAAGGUGAUCCUCAUGGACUCCUUGUGCCAGCAGAGCGACAAGCUGGAGCUCUACGGUCGCCAGAUUGAGUACCUGCGCUGUUUGCUGGAUGAGCAUCAUAUAUCUUAUGUGCUGGAGGAGGACAUCAAGAGUGGCCGGUACAUGGAGCUGGAGCAGCGUUACGGUGACCUGGCAGAUAAUGCCCGUUUUGAGAGAGAGCAGCUGCUGGGGGUGCAGCAACACCUUUCAAACACGUUAAAAAUGGCCGAACAGGACAACGCCGAAGCCCAGGAGAUGAUUGGAGCGCUGAAGGAGAGGAACCACCAGAUGGAGCGCAUCAUGGAUUCAGAGAGACAGGACCGGAAUGCCAUGGUGGCCGUACUCGAUGAGUACAAGGUGGCGGUGAGCAGUGACCAGGCAGAGCUGAGCCACUGCAGAGCCCAGCUGGACCAUGAGAGGCACAGGGUGGCCGAGCUGUACUCUCUGCACACUGCAGGGGACAAAAAUGACAUCUGCCAGCUGCUGGAGGGUGUUCGGCUGGGGAAGGAAGAGGCUGAGGCCAAAGCUGCAAAAAUGCAGAAAGAGCUGGAGCAAGCCCACGUUGAACUCAAAAGGAUGCAGGAGACUUUCAGUAAGCUGGACAGGGAAUACAGAGAGUUCCAGCAGCAGGUGCAGCAGCAGAUGGCCGAGCAGGAUCACGCUCUGGAGAAGCAGCGUCUGGACCUGAAGGAGAAAGAGACGGAGAUCGCAGACAUGAAGGAAACCAUCUUUGAGCUUGAGGAUGAGGUCGAGCAGCACCGAGCUCUCAAACUGCACGACAACCUCAUCAUCACAGACCUCGAGAACUCUGUUAAGAAGCUUCAAGACCAGAAGCACGACAUGGAGAGAGAGAUUAAGAUUCUUCACCGCAGACUGAGGGAGGAGUCAAUGGAGUGGCGUCAGUUCCAGGCUGAUCUGCAGACAGCCGUCGUCAUUGCUAAUGACAUCAAGUCGGAAGCGCAGGAGGAGAUUGGAGACUUGCGGCGCCGGCUGCAGGAAGCGCAGGAGAAGAAUGAGAAGCUCGGCAAGGAGCUGGACGAGGUCAAGAGCCGCAAGCAGGACGAGGAGAGGGGCAGAGUGUAUAACUACAUGAAUGCAGUUGAGAGAGACCUGGCUGCUCUCAGACAGGGGAUGGGUCUCAGCCGGCGUUCUUCCACCUCCUCAGAGCCUUCGCCCACCGUCAAAACACUCAUCAAGAGCUUCGACAGCGCCUCACAAGGUCCGCCUUCCAACGGGGCCUCUGUAACUCCUACAGCCUCGGCUGCCCCAAUACCACGCACACCCCUCAGCCCCAGUCCCAUGAAGACGCCUCCAGCAGCGGCUGUUUCUCCCAUUCAGAGACACUCCAUAGCAGGGUCUAUGUCAACAGCCAAGCCGCUCUCGUCACUGAGUGAUAAGAGGCCCAGCUACACAGACAUCACCAUGCCAGCUGAGCACCUCCUCAGGGGAACCCCGGCCAGCCGACCACCAGCAGCCCUCCAGAGGGUCUCCAACAUGGACUCCACAAAGACAAUCUCAGUGUCCCGCAGGAGCAGUGAAGAGAUAAAGAGGGAAAUGUCGGCCCAAGACGGGACCUCCUCAUCCUCCCUGAUGGCUAUGUCUGCAGCUUCCUCUCCGCUCUCGCUGUCCUCCUCCUCUCCCACCGCCUCCAUCACCCCCACAGCACGCAGCCGUCUAAGAGAGGAGAGAAAGGACCCGUUGUCUGCACUGGCCAGAGAAUACGGAGGCUCCAAAAGAAAUGCUUUGCUUAAGUGGUGCCAGAAGAAGAGUGAGGGAUACCAGAACAUUGAUAUCACCAACUUCAGCAGCAGCUGGAACGACGGCCUGGCCUUCUGUGCCGUGCUCCACACUUACCUGCCUGCACACAUCCCCUACCAGGAGCUCACCAGCCAAGACAAGAGGAGAAAUUUCUCCUUAGCUUUCCAGGCUGCAGAGAGUGUAGGCAUCAAAUGCACUUUGGACAUCAAUGAGAUGGUGCACACAGAGAGGCCGGACUGGCAGAGUGUCAUGACUUAUGUCACAGCCAUCUACAAGUACUUUGAGACCUGACUUCACCGCCCCAUCCACCCUCCUCCUGCAGUGCAGUCAGUGCCACGCCAGCCCUCCUGAGCUCUCAGCGACCUUUCAACGCCACAAUCAACUGUUAUACCUCACCGACCCCCCUCCCCACACCACAGUGACACCCAGUCACGCUGCAUGCCUCACCUCAGUAUUUAGCAACAAUAAGGGCAGACCAGAACCUCACUGGACGCAACAGCUACUCCAUCCUUCCACUACAGCAUAGGAGGCGCUUUGUGUAGCAUUAUGGUCCAAGAGCUCGUCUGUAUGUCCGCUGUUACACUAGUACGUCAUUAGAAUGGACUGGAGUGACGACGUGGAGCCAAGUGUGACCUGACCAGCGUUCAAAUCCUUUAGAUGAUCUUUGGCUUCAGUUCAGAUCUGAAGCAGCAGCAUGGGGAGGAAACCAAGUGUCUCAGUGCCUUCUACCUGGCUCUUCCGCUCAACUGCUCCGCCACUCUUAACCCAUUUUCACGUCUGUUAAAGGGGGAUUCCAGCAGACUGACUUUAAAUAUUCUCAUUUGCAAGAGGAGAUAUUUUCAUAUAUAGUCAGCGUUUUUUCCUUUUGUUUGAUUCAAAAAGUUAAUAGUGUUGGAAUUCCCCCACAACCCUGUAAAUUCCCUUUGAAACAGGUCGGACGGACGCAGCCUUUUUUGCACCAGACGUUACAGUGCGAUUCAGAUGCCUGUCGAUCAUUGGAUAAAGUGCCUGUGUGGCUUUUGACGAGCUCUGCCCGUGAGCCAAACCUGCGCCGAGGCAGCGUGGAAGUGUCUUUUCACUACAGUCUGUGAAGCCGAAGGCCAGAGGAGUUGUUGCCAAAUAUAUUUCAGAGCCUUUCAAUGGUCGAUCUCUGGCUUUCUGGUCAUCAGGACAGACCGACGCUGCAUGCAGCUUCCCCAUAUGAUCACUGACUUUUUCAAGCACAGAAAUAUGCUACGUUGUACGACACUACUACACUUAGGUUGAUCAGCCAUAACAUCCUCUGAUAACAGAUUCAUGAAGGUGGACUAAUAGUCAUAUGAUAUGUGUGAAAUUUUGAACGCUAAUCUUACAACUUUAUAAUGUGAGUGUUUGCAUUUUAUAGGCCUGCAUUUUGCCAUCUUGCACUUAGACUUUCUUUAGGCACAUACAGCAUCAUUUCAUCAUAAUAAGUAUGAGUGAGUAGACGACAGUUUUCUCUCUUAAAGUGUGUUUGGUUGAAUAGAUAAGUUCUGUUUUAGAUUAGACAGCCUUAAACCUUUAUCAGCCUGAGGCAUAAAUUAAAGUAAAUAGUCUCUUACCAAGGAACUUAAUGUGGGGAGAAUGUGCUCCAGUUAGUUUGGAAAUCAGCUGACAGAUAUUCAGGUGAAGAACACGUGUUCGUAGGUCAAUGCAGCGUCUCAUUACAGAAAUAGUUCAGUUAUUUGGGAAAUGCAUAUAUUACCCUCCUAGCAGAGCGAUGGAUGAGAAGGUUGAUGCAACUGUCAUGCCUGUAUCGUACAUAUGAAGCGAUAGCAGGCAGCUGGUUAGCUGAGCAUGAAGACAGAUUCAAGGCCCAGUCAUACAUUCGUGUGAACCUCCAAUCUGUGCGAGCGAGGAGGCGAAUAAAACAUUUGCUUCCUUUGGCAUAAAUUGCUGCGUGGCAACGUUUGGUGAACCUCUAUGUGCGUUAUUCACUUCACAUUUGUGUAUAUGCGCCCAUACCCUGAGGGUGAAUCAGCUAGCCUGGCUUACACCGCAGGUGACAGAAUCCACCUGCCAACACCUCGAACCCUCUCUGUGUAAAAAAGAUAAGUUGUAGUUUCCCUGGUGGUUACAUGCUCAUUUCGGUUUGACUUUUGUUUGUAGCUUUAAAGGUGCUGAAGGGCAGAUUGUCACUUUUUGACAGCUGUUUCCACUCUUGACGCUAAGCCAAGCAGCUGCCGGCUGUACUUUCCUGUUUGACUGACAAGCAUAUCAAUCUUCUCGUCUAACUCACGGCAAGAAGAAUCUAAAUUUAUUUUGCACGUCAAGGAUAAAACAUGCACAAGUGAUCGGAGAAUCCAUUGUGCCACUGCCUGACUUUGUGUGUUGAUGCUGUGUUCGACAGGUAGUUUUGAAGUUCUUAGUGUGAUUAUCACUUCAGAGAAGCAGUGUAGCACAGUGUCGUUUCAUUUGUCGGAUUUCAGUCAGUUAACUGUGCCUCAUACAAGCUGUAUUUAUUUGCAUGGUUUCCAAUCAUUGAUGUGAGGUCACUGCUUUAUUUGUGUGUCUGAAGUGUAUCUGAAUUCAUUAGACAUGACAGUAGGUAGAUGCUCCGAGAUGAGCUUUUCUGUGUUCCACACUAAACGCUUGCCUUAACAGUCCAGUUGAAGUUCCGACCGCAGCCGUCUCCGCUCACCAGGCAUGUGUGACAGUGAUGGCGUGUUUUCUGAAUCAAGAUCCCUCUUGUUCCCCUCGAAAAACCAGUUGGGUUCAACACUUUAAAGUUGGUUAAACUUUUGACACGUACCUGGUGAAAGUGACUACACACUCUUUCGAUUCGGAGCAGAUGGCAGUUUCCUGCUGGCAACAAUAGCAACGUCAACAGAAACCACAUUGUAGACACAACACCACUGUGUGUACAGACGCAUCAGGCAUUCAGUGAUUUCAAGUCAGCACACAAGCCUGCAGCAGUGACACUUUCAUUUGAAGUUCAAGUGUGUGAGUGAGUUAUUUAAUGACAUUUGAAAGCAUUGGCUCUCUGUUGAUGGGCUUUUGUGAUGCCAUGACACGGAGGAUUAUCUGCCAGCUCUUUUAUUAUGUUCUGCUCAAUUCCACCACUGGGCCCAACGUGUUUUAUCACUCCCGACAGGAACAUCUGAGAUCUCCGAAGAGAUUUGAUGCCUCUCUCCAUCCUGGAAGCGGAAAGUGUUUUGAUUGCGCUUUAGUGAUCCCGGGGACUUUUACGAGGUCCAGCGCGUGCUGAUGUGGAGUAAUUGAUGAACACUGUGCCUCAGCCUGCUGAGGAGGGACCAGAGGGCAGGCGACGGCUUGGAGGCACAUUCCAACUCCACACCAGCAGCUGUGAGGGAAGUGUUACAUCGUCUGGGACCCGAGAUGAUGCCCUUAAAGUGUAAAGCUUUACCGACGCAAAUGUGAACAUGUCUGUUAUGAGUUUAAUGGGUCCACUUCAUUUACAGCUACAUUUAUGUUUACUUGAAAAUGCUCUGAGAAUUCCACUGAACCUGCUCUAGUUUAAUUUUGUUUCCAUGUUGCCUUGUUUAUUUUUUCUCCCUUAAGAGCAAAUCCUGAUCACGCAUCAUGCAGUGCUCAAAAGAUCCCAUGGCAAAGUUAAAGCUGAACGAAUAAGUGUGCGUGUCUGUGUGAGUGUGCGUGUGUAUAAAAGGGACUAAGCUACAGUAUUAAGUGCACACUAUGAUGAUAAUCAGUUGUUUAAUAAAAAGUCAUCUGGUUUUAUGUUGCUUAAUUUUUUGGGGCAAUAGUAAUAAAAGACCAUAUGAAACAA